AUGACUACAUAUAUCAUCCGCGACGCAACCCCCACCGACCUCCCCCAAAUCCGCGCCAUAAACACCCACUACAUCCUAAACACAGUCCUCACUUUUAUGAAAACCCCACCACCACCUGAUACCAUCCUAGGUAAAUACAAUGACCUCAAAGAACACCGUUUACCGUACCUUGUCGCGGUCGAUAAAGACCUCAAACACAAGGACAAAGAGGAUGGCUCUGACCUCGUCCUUGGAUAUACAUACCUCUCACCUUACCGAGGCCACGUGCUCUCAUAUGCACCAACCGUUGAGCUGACGCUCUUCGUGCAUCCAGACCAUUAA